UGCUUUUGCUGCUCAACUAAGAGUUCUAUGUAAUUUAAUUUUGGCCUUCUGAUGCAUGAUAUUUACCAGGUCAAAAUCAAUGUGGUUUUUGAGGUGGUUAGAACAGACUAAGUAAGAUAUGAUUGUGGAGGAUGUGGUUUUAGAUAGAGCUGAAUGAUUGAGAAAAAUUCAUCUAGAUAUAAAGGGUUAUAAGGUUUGAGCAAGUCUAAAACUUAUUUACUGUAAUUCUUGGGGAAGAUUGCAUUGAGUCAUUUCAACCGAGAGGUUUAAAGCUUUUAGGAUGUUGAUACGACUGGAUACUUUGAAACUUGAAAGCAAAAUAUUAUGCUUGAAGCGAUACACCUUUCACUAAAUUCUUUGUUCUUUGCAGGUCGAAACACUUGGAAAUAUGUGUUAGCUUUUUCUUUUACUGUUAUGGAGGGGCAAUCUUUUGCAUGUUUGGGCCUGCUUUGCUGAGAAUAUUAAGCUGCAGUCUGCUUUGAUUUGAAUCUGAGGGACAAUACUAGAACACCUCUUCAAGGCUUCUACAACUAUGUUCAUUAGGAGUUUACUUUCAGUUAAUGUCCUCCCUUUGAGAUGCUUUUCGUCAUCAGCACUUAACAUUCUAAAAACUGGAGAUAUCUUGAGGCAAAGAAGAGUUUUUUCAAAUGAAGAUGUCCUUCAAUAUUCUAAGGUGACUCAUGACUCAAAUCCUUUACAUUUUGAUUCUGAUCUUGCUCGAAAUGCUGGAUUCGAAGAUAGACUUGUUCACGGUAUGCUUGUUGCUGCCCUAUUUCCGCAGAUCAUUUCUUCCCAUUUUCCUGGAGCUGUAUAUGUUUCCCAAAGCUUGAAUUUCAGGUUGCCAGUCUAUAUUGGUGACAAGGUCACUGGUGAGGUACAAGCCAUCUGUAUAAAAGAAAUCAAGAAACGAUACAUAGUAAAAUUGAAGACCAAAUGCUUCAGGAAUGAUGAGAUUCUUGUUCUUGACGGAGAGGCGAUGGCUAUCUUACCUUCUCUAGGUGUGGAACAAGUGCCUUGUCUGGACUGAGAAGCUGGUCGAAGGGUGUUGAUUCUUUCUGCGGUCUAAUUAACACCACAGCAUCUUAAGCUUCCAUGUAUUUAUCAAUUUCCUACUUGUGAGGGUUCCAAAGAAACUGAACAGAGCUUUUUGGAUGGAAGUCAUGCUUUUAGAGAGCCUUGUUGAAAUC